AUGGUAAGGCGAAAAAAGAGGGCACGUGAGGCCACUCCAUUGUAUCAUUUCCUAUUCGCCUUCUCGCAUAUUCGCUUAUUUCGCUCGCUCAAAUUGCAGAAGAGAUUAGCAGCAUCCGUGUUGAAAUGUGGAAAGAAUAAAAUAUGGAUGGACCCAAAUGAAAUUAGCGAAAUUUCGCUAGCCAAUUCAAGGUUCAGCAUAAGGAAGCUGUACAAAGAGGGUCUCAUUUUAAAGAAACCUCAGAAGGUCCACAGCAGAGCAAGGGUCAGACUGUACAAAUUGGCAAAAAGGAAAGGAAGACAUAUGGGCAUAGGUAAAAGAAGAGGUACGAAGAAUGCCAGAACGAACCAGAAAACCUUGUGGAUUAAACGACAGCGUGUGUUGAGGAGACUGUUAAAAAGGUUGAGGGAUGCAAAGAAAAUAGAUAGACAUUUGUACCACUCCUUUUAUUUGAAGUGCAAAGGUAACCAAUUUAAAAAUAAGAGAACUUUAAUUGAAGCCAUACAGAGACAAAAAACGGAAACCUUGAAGAAAAAAUCAAUAGCCGAUCAGCUCGAAGCCAAGCGAUUAAAGGCACAGUUGUUACGAAACAAGAGAAAGUUAAAGAAGGACAAGGAGGCUGUAUCGUAA